AUGGGAGCUGGUAAUGGAACGCUUAUGCUUGAUAUUCUAGACUACAUUCGAGAGACACAACCAGAUGUCUAUAGUAGGACAAGGUACAACAUUAUUGAAAUCAGUAGCUCACUGGCAUCAAAACAACUUAGUAAUUUGCAUCGCCGAGUAGCUUCGGCGGGUCAUGCUGACAAGGUCAAUAUUAUCAACAAAAGUAUUUUUGCAUGGGACACGGAGGUUCCUGAGCCCUGUUUCUUUAUCGCCUUGGAAGUUUUCGAUAAUUUUGCUCAUGACGUAAUUAGAUAUGACAACACAACACUCCAGCCAUAUCAAGGAAAUGUAGUCAUUGACAAGAGUGGUGACUUUUUCGAGAUAUACUCGCCGGAUCUGGACCCUUGGGCUGCUGAGUUCAUGAAGUUACGCAACCGCACCUUAGCCGGUGAAUAUGUGCCCGCAUGGGAAUUGGGCUAUCAUCCACUGGCACAACCAAAGAUUUGGAGAGGACUGAAAAAUAGCAUUUUACCAUUCAGGGGUAAUCUCUCCGACCCUGAAUAUAUCCCUACCAGAUACCUUGAGUUUUUGCAUGUUUUGAGAGACUACUUCCCAGAACACCGCCUACUGACGUCGGAUUUCACACAUCUUAGCGAGACUAUCCCAGGAUACAAUGCACCCGUUGUACAAACUGUGAUGGAGAAUAAAAUGAUUCCAAUUUCCACAUACAUGGCGAUACAGGGCUUUUUUGAUAUAUUGUUUCCCACUGAUUUUGAUCUUGCAGCUCAGUUAUACACGGCAGUUUGUGGAAAACUUAUAAAGACAGCCUCUCACCGUGAGUUUCUUGAGGUCUGGGCAGAAGUAGAUGCUACUUCCACGAAGACAGGUGAGAAUCCCAUGUUGUCGUUCUAUCAGAAUGCAGCAUUUAUGUAUAGCUAA